AUUCGUGUUUAUUUCCUUAGGUCAUUGCUAGAAGAGCGUCCCACACUUUCCAGUCCCCAUCUUUCCCGCUCACCUUAUUCCUGCUAUACAUUAGCAACAAUUCCACGACUGUGUCAUACAAAGCAUCUUACCUACACCGGCUACAUAAGGCGUCGUCUUGGUCGUGGUGGUCGAAUAAUAUGUGAUCGCGUUGCAGCCCCCACGCCACUUUCUACUUAUCUCCAGUCCUAUGAUGCAAAUUUGAGAUCUAGUGGUCCAGUCAGUCCAAGUCUUAUACCUUCAAACUUUUGCUGGCGACAGUCACAAACAAAAGAUGUUGCUUUGUUUAAUAGACUAAAGACUUCUAUUUUCAGUUCGCACCGUGGGCGUCCUUCAUUCUCAUGGCCUGUUUCUGAAACUAUCUUCCCACCAAUACCCUUUGAACCUCUACUUAUUGAAUCUAAAGGUUCCACGGAUCAUCGUUCCUCUCCUAUUUUCUACUCGAAGACGGAUUGUCCAACAACUUCGAGGAAGCAUCCGGAUGAUGUGACCGUAGAUGAAGUUGCUCUGGAUGCGGGACGUGAGUUAAAUGAUGUUUCGAAUGAUGGUUUGUUGAUUCAGGAAAAACAUUCUCCCUUGCACCAUCAGAACGAUCUAACGCCAAAGAAAUCAGUUAAUGUAUCGCCCGCGGUUAUGAUUCCCAUCACGAAUCCAAAUAUGUGUCAAGCCUCCCAGGCGAUAUUGGUGCCGAAGCCUAGCAAUAGUUUGGUAUCAACUCAUCGCCUCUGGCGAAAGCUGGCAAGGCCAUACGGUGUUACACUUCAGCCUUCUGAGUUUCCCAAGUCCCCUAGUGUUGAUGUUUCUUUCAGUAAUUCUAAUGGUAACGGCCUUUCUUCGACGGACAAUAGGAUGUUGCUGACGGAUCCUUCAGUCUUGCCACCACCUAAAGUACGCUGUCUAACUCGUGACUGUGGGUCUAGGGAUUCAAAAGUUCCUGGUCCUCAGUUGCAUGUUACAAAUGGAGUGAGCCCAACACAGAUCUUUCAGCUUCCAACUUAAUCUUUCGAACUUUGCAAUAUGGAAGUUGUCUUUUUUUAUAGUUCAUUGUUAGCAUUUAACUAAACUCUUCUCAAGUAUUACCUCAUUAUAUCUUUUGUGAACAGUUUAUUUGCAAUCCCAGUGGUAUGAUCUUGUAGCUUUUGUAAAGCUUAUUAUUAUUGCGCUUCUGCGCUUCAGUUGUACAUAGGAGCCUUCACGGCCACCCCCUUUCAUUCUCCCUGUACACUUCCCCCUUCGCUCCAGUGAGCUUGUACAUUUUAUUGGCGCAUAGCGUCGUAUGUCAAUUGAAUCAAUGCAUAAUCUGAAUGAAUUGUUUUCUUUUUUUAUGUAGUUGUGAUAAAUUCGUUUGUACCUUGGCACUUUGUUGUUUUAUCGAAAUAAGGGUUAAUGUAUAUUUCUAAAGAUAAAUGCCAAUUUUACUGGUUAACAAGUUAAAUGCACCCCCUUGAAUAUGGUUGAUCAGCCAAAGUAUAAAAGGUCGGAUCCAACAUAGGCUAUGUAGUUUUUCAUGUCCAAUUAUGUUUUAGUUUAUUGAACUCGUAAGUCAAAAACGCAGAUUGAGUCUCUCACUAACUUGUGGGUGUUUUUGUACAUUUACUGAGUGCUAGUUGUCAGCUUUUAUGCG